CGCGCAGUGUCGGCUCGGCGGUGUCGGCCGCGCGUGCGCAGUGCGUCGGUUUGGGCUGAGCGCGGGCCCGAUGGCGGAGGAGACCCGCAGGGCGCGGGAGGCGCGGCCCGAGGCCUCCCAGGACACCAUCUUCGCCCGCAUCCUCCGCCGGGAAAUCCCCGCCAAAAUACUCUUCGAGGACGAGCAGUGCCUCGCCUUCCACGACGUCGCCCCUCAGGCUCCCGUCCACUUCCUGGUCAUCCCCAAGAAGCCCAUCGUCCGCAUGGCCGAGGCCGAGGACGCCGACGAGAACGUCCUGGGCCACCUGCUGACGGUGGGGCGGAAGUGCGCGGCCCAGCUGGGCCUGUCCGGCGGCUACCGCAUGGUCUUCAACGACGGCCCCGACGGCGGCCAGUCCGUCUACCACCUCCACCUCCACGUGCUCGGCGGACGCCAGAUGGGCUGGCCCCCCGGCUAGCCCCCCCCCCCCACACCCGCCCC